CAACAGCAGUAGUUAGUGUCUCGUGUCAGGAUCAGCAGCAGAGAGCUACGGACACACUUUCUGAAUAUAUUAUCUUGUUAUUUAUAACGAUACACUGCCGCGCUGUUGAAUAGUUUAUGUCAUAGUUUUAACGUUCAGAAAUAGCGACGAUGCGUGGAUAUUAGGGAAGCGUUUGAAAAGAGAGAAAGAAAGAAAGAAAGAACGAACGAAAGAGGGGAAAAGACUGACCGCUGGAUUUAAUUUCCAACUGGAAUGCUGUUGUUGAUAGAGAGAGAACGGGCGGUGUGUGUGUGUGUGUGUGUGUGUGUGUGUGUGUGUGUGUGUGUGUGUGUGUGUGUGUUUGUGUUUGUGUGUGUGUGAAAUAGUGUGUGUUUGCGAGGUAAGUGUGUAGCGGGCUAUGCCUCGUCUCUUUGGUCUCUGGUCCUGGAUCGUGUGAAUUCCCCGGGCUCCAGUUACUAAACUACCCGGCAGACAGCAGCCUCAGCCCGGCCACAGGGAGGGGAACACUAGCUCAUGUAGUCUCUGUUCUUUCUCCUAUCCCCCAUACCCCUCCAUACCCCUCUCUCCGGGCUCAGAGGAAAUGAGGACACAGUGGAUAGCGGAGGAACAAGGAGGAGUUUCAGGUGGGAUUAUAAACUUGUUUUGACUUUUGCUUUGAUCCUGGGGACUUCAGCGUUUUUGGCGGUAGGUUAAAUAAUUAACGCUAACCUUAAAAAAACAAAAAAACUACGGAUAAAAGAGGGAAUAUGACCGGUUGUUGAUGAUGACUGCUGACCUCGCGGAGACCGAGUUAACUGCUUUUCGUGACUGAUGUGGGUGGCGCGGCGUGCCGACACUGGACCUAGCUGACACCCCACCGGGACAGAGGUUCUGAUCGGUGAUCAAUAAUCCAGGAGAGUAACGGGAGUACCUGGCCGGUAUGGAGCGGCGCGGGGGCAAUUGGAGCACCGUGACCGUGUUGUGGCUCGUGCUGAUCGAGCUGGUUUUGUCACCUUGUAUGGCAGAGGAAGAAGUGGUAAUGAACACUAAACUAGAGACGUCAGAUCUACGAUGGACCGUUUACCCACACACAGACUCUGAGUGGGAGGAGAUGAGUGGUCUGGAUGAUGAAGGGACCAGCGUGAGAACCUAUCAGCUGUGUCCUGGAGACAGCAGCACCUCUCAUUGGCUUAGGAGCCGGCUGAUCCCCCGAAGGACUGCCUCCGUGCUCUACGUAGAGAUACGGUUUACGAUGAUGGAGUGUUCGUCGCUUCCCUUCAACUCCCACCGGUCCUGUAAAGAGACGUUCAACCUGCACUACUAUCAGACAGACACGGACGAAGCUACCAACACACACCCUGCCUGGAUGGAGAACCCCUAUACUAAGGUGGACACAGUAGCAGCUGACUUCCUGCUUCGUAGGGGCGGAGAGAGGAAGUCCAACGUGAAGACUCUCAGGAUUAGUCGGUUGACUAAAAGGGGCGUGUACCUAGCCUUCCAGGCACAGGGAGUCUGCAUGGCCUUAUUGGCUGUCAGGGUGUAUUUUAAGAAGUGCCCCACCCUGACGCGUUCCUUCUCCCGAUUCCCUGAGACUGUUCCACAUACCUUGGUGGAGGGGGCUCAAGGAGAGUGUGUAGACAACGCCGUGACCCCCCCGGGCGAGCUGGCACGCCCUCCCAGCAUGCUGUGCGGUGAGGACGGACAGUGGGUCGGUCAGCCGGCCACUGCCUGCGCCUGUCGGCCAGGGUAUGAAGCUACAGACACAGACCUCCGAUGCAAAGCUUGUCCAGUGGGUCAGUAUAAGGCAGGUCCAGGAGUCGGUGGGUGUGUCCUGUGUCCGACCAAUAGCAACACUUUGGUAACAGGCUCCUCCUACUGCCUCUGUCGUCCCGGUUACCACAGAGCAGAUUCCGACCCCACACACACACCCUGCACACGCCCCCCCUCAGCGCCACGCUCCAUUGUAACCCAGAUCAACGACACCAUGGUGACGUUAGAGUGGUCGGAACCUUUGGAACGCGGUGGCCGUGGAGACCUGACCUAUAGCGUUGGGUGUGUCCGCUGUGGCGCCUCCCCUCAGAGGGCAUGUCUUCCCUGUGAAGAGGGCGUGUCCUAUCGCCCCAGCCAGCACGGCCUAUCACAGCGCAGGGUGGUCAUCCGCGGGCUCCUCCCACACACCACCUACACCUUCACGGUUCAGUCAGAGAACGGCGUCUCACAGCUCAGCCUAUCGGAACCCUCCGUGGAAAGGGUCAAUAUCACAACCAGCCGAGACGUCCCAGCCCCGGUCUCAGGUAUAAGAAGGACCAAGGCAUCAGAGAACAGUCUGACUCUACAGUGGAACAGUCUCCAAAACACACACUACACUGUCCUGGAGUACCAGCUACGAUACUGUCCCAAGGACGGUCCAGAGUCUGGUCAGUGGCAGUAUGUAACCAGCGUGGUCAGUAGUGUUGUGGUCAGUAACCUCCAGAGGUCUACUAGUUACCAGGUGCAGGUCAGAGCCAGGACCAUGGCUGGAUACAGCAACUUCUCCCCAGCCUCGACCUUCACCACCCUGCCUGACAAAGUAGAGGCCCACUCUCAGCUGAUGGUGACAGGCGUUCUGGUUGCCAUGGGGAUACUCCUCCUUAUUACCGCGGUGAUCAUUGCUGGAUACUGCUACUGUAAACACAUGUGUGUGAAGGAUAUAGAGAUGAAUGAUCAGAAUGGACAGUACCUGAUGAGACAGACAGGUAUGAAGGUGUACAUCGACCCGUUCACCUACGAAGAUCCCAACGAGGCGGUUAGAGACUUCGCUAAAGAGAUAGACGUGUCCUUCGUCAAGAUAGAGGAGGUCAUUGGAGCUGGUGAGUUUGGAGAGGUCUGUCGAGGCAGACUGAAGGUCCCUGGGAAGAAGGAGAACUAUGUGGCCAUCAAGACUCUGAAAGGAGGAUACACUGACAAACAGAGGAGGGACUUCCUGUCUGAGGCCUCCAUCAUGGGUCAGUUCCAGCACCCCAAUAUCAUCCACCUGGAAGGAGUCAUCACGGCCUCCUGUCCUGUUAUGAUACUGACUGAGUUUAUGGAGAAUGGGGCCCUCGACAGCUUCCUUAGGUUAAACGAUGGUCAGUUCACACCUAUCCAGCUGGUGGGAAUGUUACGUGGGAUAGCAUCAGGUAUGAAGUAUCUAUCGGAGAUGAGCUAUGUCCAUCGAGACCUGGCAGCUCGCAACAUCCUAGUCAACUCUAACCUGGUCUGUAAGGUAUCUGACUUCGGCCUGUCACGAUUCCUCCAGGAGAACUCCUCUGACCCCACAUACACCAGCUCACUGGGUGGUAAAAUCCCCAUACGUUGGACAGCUCCAGAGGCGAUCGCGUUCAGAAAGUUUACAUCGGCCAGUGACGCGUGGAGCUACGGCAUCGUGAUGUGGGAGGUGAUGAGCUUCGGGGAACGGCCGUACUGGGACAUGAGUAACCAGGAUGUGAUCAAUGCUAUAGAACAGGACUACCGUCUGCCCCCCCCACCAGAGUGUCCCUCCUCUCUCCACUCCCUCAUGUUGGACUGUUGGCAGAAAGAGAGAGCUGCUCGUCCACGAUUCGCCAACGUGGUCUCAGCGCUCGAUAGGCUGAUCAGAAACCCCGCCUCCCUGAAGAUCACACAGCCGGACGGACCUGGUUCCUCCCAGCCCCUGUUAGACCAGCGCCCCCCCCCUCCCCUGUCAGCCUGUGGGUCUGUCUCAGAGUGGCUUCAUGCUAUCAAGAUGUCUCGUUAUGAAGAGAGCUUUACACAGGCAGGAUUCACCAACCUGGAGGUCAUCGCACAGAUCUCUACAGAGGACCUGUUGCGUAUAGGAGUGACUCUAGCGGGACACCAGAAGAAGAUUCUCUCUUCCAUCCAGACCCUUAGAGUUCUCAAAACUCCUCCCACACUCAGAUACUGACCAAUCACCUAUUACAGCCUCCUGGAAGCUCCCCCCACCCUUCCAUACUGGCCAAUCACACCAAAGCCCUUCAACAAGCCACCAGCCAACCACGUACCAGUUGUGACGAUGUCACUACGCCAACGGUGUCCCAAGCCAAUCAUUGUACUCGGUUCCACUGUGAUGACACAAUAGAUGUGUGUGUACUCUUCAACCAAUCAGGCAGACGGAGAGAGAGACAGACAUGAACUCUCUCCUGAGAGAUUCCUUCAGUUUUACAAUACUGCCUUGUUGGAGUCCACAGGAAUACUGGACAUUAACUUGGUUUUAUAAUACUGCCUUGUUGGAGUCCACAGGAAUACUGGACAUUAACUUGGUUUUAUAAUACUGCCUUGUUGGAGUCCACAGGAAUACUGGACAUGAACUUGGUUUUAUAAUACUGCCUUGUUGGAGUCCACGGGAAUACUCAACAUUAACUUGGUUUUAUAAUACUGCCUUGUUGGAGUCCACGGGAAUACUCAACAUUAACUUGGUUUUAUAAUACUGCCUUGUUGGAGUCCACGGGAAUACUCAACAUUAACUUGGUUUUACAAUACUGCCUUAUUGGAGUCCACGGGAACACUCAACAUUAACUUGGUUUUAUAAUACUGCCUUGUUGGAGUCCACGGGAAUACUCAACAUUAACUUGGUUUUAUAAUACUGCCUUGUUGGAGUCCACGGGAAUACUCAACAUUAACUUGUUUUUAUAAUACUGCCUUGUUGGAGUCCACGGGAAUACUGGACAUUAACUUGGUUUUACAAUACUGCCUUGUUGGAGUCCACAGGAAUACUCAACAUUAACUUGGUUUUAUAAUACUGCCUUGUUGGAGUCCACAGGAUUACUGGACAUGAACUUGGUUUUAUAAUACUGCCUUGUUGGAGUCCACAGGAAUACUGGACAUUAACUUGGUUUUAUAAUACUGCCUUGUUGGAGUCCACGGGAAUACUCAACAUUAACUUGGUUUUAUAAUACUGCCUUGUUGGAGUCCACGGGAAUACUCAACAUUAACUUGGUUUUAUAAUACUGCCUUGUUGGAGUCCACGGGAAUACUGGACAUUAACUUGGUUUUAUAAUACUGCCUUGUUGGAGUCCACGGGAAUACUGGACAUUAACUUGGUUUUAUAAUACUGCCUUGUUGGAGUCCACGGGAAUACUGGAUAUUAACUUGGUUUUACAAUACUGCCUUGUUGGAGUCCACGGGAAUACUCAACAUUAACUUGGUUUUAUAAUACUGCCUUGUUGGAGUCCACAGGAAUACUGGACAUUAACUUGGUUUUAUAAUACUGCCUUGUUGGAGUCCAUGGGAAUACUGGACAUGAACUUGGUUUUACAAUACUGCCUUGUUGGAGUCCACGGGAAUACUCAACAUUAACUUGGUUUUAUAAUACUGCCUUGUUGGAGUCCACAGGAAUACUGGACAUUAACUUGGUUUUAUAAUACUGCCUUGUUGGAGUCCACAGGAUUACUGGACAUGAACUUGGUUUUAUAAUACUGCCUUGUUGGAGUCCACAGGAAUACUGGACAUUAACUUGGUUUUAUAAUACUGCCUUGUUGGAGUCCACGGGAAUACUGGACAUUAACUUGGUUUUAUAAUACUGCCUUGUUGGAGUCCACGGGAAUACUGGACAUUAACUUGGUUUUACAAUACUGCCUUAUUGGAGUCCACGGGAAUACUCAACAUUAACUUGGUUUUACAGUACUGCCUUGUUGGAAUACUCGACAUUAACUUGGUUUUAUAAUACUGCCUUGUUGGAGUUCACGGGAAUACUGGACAUUAACUUGGUUUUAUAAUACUGCCUUGUUGGAGUCCACAGGAAUACUGGACAUUAACUUGGUUUUAUAAUACUGCCUUGUUGGAGUCCACGGGAAUACUCAACAUUAACUUGGUUUUAUAAUACUGCCUUGUUGGAGUCCACGGGAAUACUCAACAUUAACUUGGUUUUAUAAUACUGCCUUGUUGGAGUCCACGGGAAUACUGGACAUUAACUUGGUUUUAUAAUACUGCCUUGUUGGAGUCCACGGGAAUACUGGACAUUAACUUGGUUUUAUAAUACUGCCUUGUUGGAGUCCACGGGAAUACUGGACAUUAACUUGGUUUUACAAUACUGCCUUGUUGGAGUCCACGGGAAUACUCAACAUUAACUUGGUUUUAUAAUACUGCCUUGUUGGAGUCCACAGGAAUACUGGACAUUAACUUGGUUUUAUAAUACUGCCUUGUUGGAGUCCAUGGGAAUACUGGACAUGAACUUGGUUUUACAAUACUGCCUUGUUGGAGUCCACGGGAAUACUCAACAUUAACUUGGUUUUAUAAUACUGCCUUGUUGGAGUCCAUGGGAAUACUGGACAUGAACUUGGUUUUACAAUACUGCCUUGUUGGAGUCCACGGGAAUACUCAACAUUAACUUGGUUUUAUAAUACUGCCUUGUUGGAGUCCACAGGAAUACUGGACAUUAACUUGGUUUUAUAAUACUGCCUUGUUGGAGUCCAUGGGAAUACUGGACAUGAACUUGGUUUUACAAUACUGCCUUGUUGGAGUCCACGGGAAUACUCAACAUUAACUUGGUUUUAUAAUACUGCCUUGUUGGAGUCCAUGGGAAUACUGGACAUGAACUUGGUUUUACAAUACUGCCUUGUUGGAGUCCACGGGAAUACUGGACAUGAACUUGGUUUUACAAUACUGCCUUGUUGGAGUCCACAGGAAUACUGGACAUUAACUUGGUUUUAUAAUACUGCCUUGUUGGAGUCCACAGGAAUACUGGACAUGAACUUGGUUUUACAAUACUGCCUUGUUGGAGUCCAUGGGAAUACUGGACAUGAACUUGGUUUUACAAUACUGCCUUGUUGGAGUCCACGGGAAUACUGGACAUGAACUUGGUUUUACAAUACUGCCGGGAUCCUCUGGGAAUACCGUUGGAAUACUGUGGAAGAUUUCUCCCCUGGAACACUGUUUGGGAUGAAGGAUUUCGCCCAAUCAGGUUUUCCCAGAUAUUCCCUCUGACUGAGGUGUGGUGCUGGACUUUGUAGACUGACUGCUUCUAGAGAGACUGCCUCUGAUUUAAACCUGACUUCUAGAGAGACUGACUGAUUUAAAACAUGACUUCUAGAGAGACUGCCUCUGAUUUCAAACAUGACUUCUAGAGAGACUGACUGAUUUAAAACCUGACUUCUAGAGAGACGGACUCUGAUUUAAAACCUGACUUCUAUAGAGACUGACUGAUUUAAAACAUGACUUCUUCUAGAGAGACUGACUAUGAUUUAAAACAUGACUUCUAGAGAGACUGACUGAUUUAAAACCUGACUUCUAGAGAGACGGACUCUGAUUUAAAACCUGACUUCUAGAGAGACUGACUCUGAUUUAAAACCUGACUUCUAGAGAGACUGACUCUGAUUUAAAACCUGACUUCUAGAGAGACUGACUGAUUUAAAACCUGACUGCUUCUAGAUAGAUUGCCUCUGAUUUAAAUCCUGACUUCUAGAGACUAACUCUGAUUUAAAACCUGACUUCUAGAGAGACUGACUCUGAUUUAAAACAUGACUUCUAGAGAGACUGACUCUGAUUUAAAACCUGACUUCUAGAGAGACUGACUCUGAUUUAAAACCUGACUGCUUCUAGAGAGACUGACUCUGAUUUAAAACCUGACUGCUUCUAGAGAGACUGACUCUGAUUUAAAACCUGACUGCUUCUAGAGAGACUGACUCUGAUUUAAAACCUGACUUCUAGAGAGACUGACUCUGAUUUAAAACCUGACUGCUUCUAGAGAGAUUGCCUCUGAUUUAAAACCUGACUUCUAGAGACUGACUCUGAUUUAAAACAUGACUUCUAGAGAGACUGACUCUGAUUUAAAACAUGACUUCUAGAGAGACUGACUCUGAUUUAAAACCUGACUGCUUCUAGAGAGACUGACUCUGAUAACAUGAUCAGGUCUAUAUGAACUUCUUAGGAACGAGAGGGAGGGGAUAAAACAAAGAGAGAGAGAGAGAGGGGGAGAGAGAUAGAGAGAGGGUAAAACAGAGAGAGGGGUUGUAAAACACAGAGAGAGAGAGAGAGAGAGAGAGAGAGAGGGUAAAAGAAAGAGAGAGAGAGAGAGAGAGGGUAAAAGAGAGAGAGAGGAUAAAACAGAAAGAGAGAGAGAGAAGGUAAAACAGAGAGAGAGAUAGGAGGAUGGAAGACUAUAAAAGACUGAUAAAGAUGGACAAUUCUCCUCUCCUCUAUCAUCUCUCCAUCUAUUUGUUCCUGGGUCAGUGUUUAAAGAUACAAUACUACCGCGGUCUAGUGAGACUGCUGCGCUGAGACUUUCAGAAUGUCUGCUGCCAUUUCAUGACCUCUCCCAAGUCACAGAGGUACUGAUGGACCCUAGAGUUGACCUCUGACCCGAGCCCAUGUCUCCAUGACCUAUGGAACUAUGGGACUUUAGUCCUGAGGCCUCUCCCGUUGCAUUAUGGGUGAGGUAGAAUCCCAGGCCCUCACAUUGAACUCUCUGUAUUGAAGUUGUUUAUUGUUUAUUAUUAUGAUGAAUUCAGGAUGUUUUGUAAUAAUUAUAAUUAUUCUGUUACCUUUUCUAAGAAACAGUUAUUAAAUAUGACUGAUAUAUAUUAUUGUUAUAGUAUAUAUACAGUCGUACAUAUGACUGAGCGAUGUCUAUUUGAGAGAAGAUUGAUUGGGAGAGGGGCUUGUCUGUCUGUUGCUGUGACCAAUCACAAUAAAGAUGACUUAAGCUGUCCCGCC